GCCUUCUCACAGCAAAGAUGGCGGCCUUCGGUGUAGCACGUCUCAGUUGCAGAUUAAUAAAUGGUUUCAAGGUCUCUUUCAGGAGUUCAGCGGAAGCAAAGUAUGGCGCACCAUCAGUCUGUUCGACGCAGAGGGAUCUCCUCCAGGACUGUCGCUGGUACUCGGUCAGCCACCUGUCCGUCAAGGAGAGGAUUGAGAAGAAACGGAAGGCGGCGUUAGUCGGUGGAGGUCAGAAGAGAAUAGAUGCACAGCAUAAAAGGG